AUGAUGGCUGCUGAGAUCCGUGACAGCACCAUCGUUGAAGCUGCCGCUAUAUCUGACUCCAAUGCUACCGCGAAGAUCAACGACCAGCCCAACGAUGUCGACUCCAGUACGCCUUCUCUAAAGGGCCCGGACUCUUCUACUUCCCCCGACGAGCUCGCAAACAAGCACAUCGCCGAUAUCGUGGACGAUCUGGUAAACUCGGCGGAACCUAGCAUCAGCGGGGGGUCAGAUACCGAAACCUCCCGGUUAGACGCGCUGAGGGGCAAGAAUGGAGAUAACGGGCACGCUCGGGCAUCGUCGGCCGCUCGGAAGCCAGCCGUUUUCAAGGCCGUAUCUGUUAACAAGACCUUCCUUGCAGCCAAGGCCACGGUGCCCGGGGCGGCGAAACCGGGUGAGAAGGCCUCGCCGACCCUGGGCGUGGCCACGCUCAGCUCUAGCACUUCAGCUUCUGCUCGCCCGCGGCUGAUCGCCAAGACUGGUGGGGGCUUGGUUGCGAAGGGAUCCGGCGGCACGAACGGGCGCCCUGCGGCGGCACCGGAUGCAAAUGCUGUGUGGAACAAGAAUAGGCCGGUGCCGGUGCCUGAGCCGGCGAAGCUUACCGACGAGGAACUUAAGAAGUACGGCAUCCAUGUAGCCUCACGGCUGCAGCAGGAUGACGCGAAAGGUGAAGCAAACUGGGCAGAUAUUGAUGACGACGACGACGACUGGGCUCCGGAGGAAAUACGCUGGACUGACGGCACCAAGUCGACGAUCCCGCACCACGACGAGCACAGUCUGGCCUCACCACAGCCGGCCAUGUCUGAGCUUGCGGUGCGACCGAGCUCUUCGCAACUGCAUCCUCAGCCGACUCCCGUUGCUCUGCUGGUCAAGGAGGCCGCACCGGUCGAAAAGCCGAAAUCGCCCGCGCCGGUGUCGGACACCCCUUUCACGAAGCCAUCCGGACUCCCGUCUGGCAAGGGCCUCAUCCUGAAGGGUGCCCAGGAGAGGCCGACACUGGUGGCAAAGCCGCCUGCUCCCCCGACACCGGUAAAGUCACCCUGGGCAGCUCUUCCUCCCAUCGAUAAGGCGCCACCGGUUGUGAUGGAGCUGCCACACGGCGCAAAUGUGGCACGGAUGCAGCACCACCAGCCGUACCAGCCACAUCAGCAGAGAGAGAACUACGGUCCGCCUCCGAGCACGACGACACCACCGCCAUUCAAGGAGAUCGCAGCAGACGACUUCAGUCGCGGCGGCUUUAGAGAUGGCCAUCCCCACGGGAAUCGGGAGCUGUUCAACUCGCAGUCCGGACGGCUCGAGCCGGUCCAAGACCGGCGAGGCGGUGUGCGUGGUGACGUGCACUACAGACAGACGCCGGGGACGAUGCUGCUCCAACGGCCUUCGCAGAUGUCGGAUCAGCCGGAACCGUCGGCAGCGUUCCAGACCCAUAGAGGCAGUAUGCAGGAUGCCGGACCGUACGGCAGACGUCGCGGCUCCUCGAACGUGAGCGGUGGGAGCGGGUUCUUGCAGCGACUCAGCCGGACAGGCGACCAAGGCCCGGAUCUCCUCAGUGCGAGACAGCCGUCGGUUACGGGCGAGAGCGACAGUCCGGCAUCGCCGAGGAACUUUUCUCCGUCAGGGUCUCGUUCGUGGCAGUCUCGUCCGUCACCCCGCUUGGCGUUUGCGGCACCAUACAGCAAUGCGCCGGCGGAAUCUCUGCCAUCAGCGCAGCCAACGGUACAGGGGCCGCCUCCUCUGGUCGUUACUGGGAGUCUUGACGACGAGAUCGAGAUGCAGAAGAAGAUUAUGCGUGAGCGGAGGGAGCUGGCCAUGAAGAGACGUUUGGAGGAGGAGGAACGAGAAGAGGCAGCUCGGAGAGAGCGAAUCCGAUUGAAGCUGGAAGCGCUGGGCCCGGCGCCGGAGAGGAAGAGCGCAAAGAAGGAGGCAGCGAAGGAGGACACGACAUCGUCUGUGGUCACGCCUGCGAGUGGUGCGCCUCCAGAGCCUAAGCACAAUGCCAGCCGCGAUGCAGCCGGCGACAACGCGCAGUCAUCGCAUGCGACGAACGACAGCAAUGCGGCAUCACCCGGGACGAAACGGCAACAGCAGUCGUGGCAGAGUCCAGCAGCACCCCCAUCUGACCGGCUUUCGUCAUGGGGCAGUGGAGGCCAGGCGCCGUCUCGGAAUCUCUGGGCUGCACCAAGCAGCAACCGAAGCCUCGGCAACGGGACAUCGUUUGUCACGGAGCCAUACGCACCGGCGGUCUCUCAAAUUACCAGCAAGCAAGGUCCUGGUCCCAUCGGACCGCCUGCUUCACAGAAGAAUGCAGGGCCACCAGCGAUUACUCCCAUCGGCCCCCCAAAGACGGCAACGGCGACAGGAGCAGCAGCUGCUGCACCAACAGUGGCGCAGCCGGCUGGGCCCCCAAGCUCUGCCAGCUCGGCUCGGAGUGCGUGGACCAGCGCGGUCAAGGCGGGCGACGAGGAUCUGCUGACGCAGCAGAAGACGCGACGGGCAGAGCAGCAGCGGGAGGCAGAAGCUCGGGGCAUGUCGCUUAACGAUCUCCGGCCUUCGAUCAAAGACACGUGGUUGCCGACACGACUGAACGAGGACGGCGACCGGAUCGAGGACAAGAACAAGCGGUCGGUUGUGCACCGAGCGGGCAAUACAGCAGCUCCGCCUGUCGGUUCGUCGGCGGCUCUUCCUCCACAGCAGCCGCGGCCGUCGAGAUUCUUUCCGCCACGGGAUGCUCGUUCGGACGAUGUGUCGACCGGGUCUGGAGCCACGGCCAUGGGGGCUGGAGGAGGCCGACACGGUCGUCCGGGCUCGCCGUCGCCACCACCGCCCGACAUGGCCGGUCAUCCGGUCUACGACGGCGAUGCCGCCCAUCCGCUUGUGUCUCUUCCGCGGCCAUCGAUUGUGGUGCGCCUGCCUCCGGAGGACAAGGCUGCCGGAGCCGAGACGGCACAGCCGGCGACGACACGGAAUGGCCAGCAUGUGCAGCACGGCUCCCACGCCGGACCUUCACAGUCUUCCCAGUGGAAGCAACACUCGCCAGUGGCCAAAGACGACAGCUCGUGGCAGGCGCGGUUCGACAACCUGUUCGACCGCAAGGCCACAUCUCCGUCGAAGCCGUCGAUGGGCAGAAACACAGGAGCAGACAGUAUACCCCGAGGGCCGGCAGCCGAGACGAUCGCAGCAUCGCAGCGUCGCCCUGCUGCUGCCUUGCCAAAAACACCUCUGGGCGGCUCGGAUGCGAAGCCGGUGCCGGAGGAACCGAUCAACUCGCGGUCCAUGGCCGAGGAGUGUUUUGAGAGACAGGAGAUGGGCUCGCUGCCACUGGUCCAUCUGCCUCACAAGGCUCCCGAGCUGGCCUGGACGCCAGCAGCAGCGCCCAAGCCGCUGCCCCGACGCUUUCUGCUGUCGGCCACCACGCGCGUCGACCAUGACACCUUUCUCAAGGACUCGUUUGGCGCGCCGUAUGCCGUCAGCAUCCGGAUGCCGGGCGUGUCGGGCAGCGCCAAGGAAGUGCGUCUGCCGAUGCCGAGGACGCCGAGCAACUCCCGCCGGUCGAACCACGGCCGUAGCGGACGGUCAUCGCGAGGCACCAACCGAGGAGGCCGGGACGCCGCUCCGACGCAUCCCGGCUCCCACAACAACGACCAGAGCCAGCCGGCCAACGCAAACACGAACGUGAAUGCGAACGCGAACCACGGGCCGCCUGUAGGCCGGUCUCGUGGCGGCGGCCUGCGCCAUCGUUCCGAUAACUGGACCAGAAACUCGUCUGCUCCAGUCCAGACUUGA